AGUUUACUGAGGAGUUGCAUGUCGAGUGGCACUUGCUGCAGUGAGCAGGAUGAAUCCAGCGCACCUUAUUCUGUGCAGUCUGCUUUUCGAUGUCUCAAAUGCCUUGCACAGAGAAUGGAUACCUGACACCGACUUCCACAAUGCCACAAACUGGGAUAAGGGGAGGGUUCCUUGUAAAAAUGAUCACGUGUACUUUUCCAGAGAUCAGAGUGUCUCUGUUUUUGUGGAGUCACCGCUUGCUCUGAUGGACAUGAAAAUCCCUGUCAAUGGAGAGUUCAUCUUCAAACAAGGUGCUGGGUUUGUUGCUAGUGAUGGGCAAAGUGAAGCGGGAUGUGAGAAAGGUGAGGAUAUCACCUUUAAAAAUCCCAAUCGGUAUCAAUGGUUUGAUCCCAAAUACUGGCUCACACCUUUGUCCUCGGCUGAGCUGGAAAAUGAGCCGUACCUGUUCACUAUGGAUGAGGAAAGGGUUCCCUGUCAGUAUGAUGAUAUCAUUUUCCAACCUGAAUCAUCUUUCCGGGUGGGUUUGGACACAGAUGCUCCUCAAAUUAAUGUCAAGACUAUUUCCAUCAUGAAUAAGAAAUUUACCAGCAAUGAAGAAUUUGGUCAGUAUCAGCUGACAAAUACAGGAAAACUGCAGUUUCAUGGAAGUGGCUCGAUCAGUUUGACUAACAAGUCAUGUGAAGAUAAAUCAGGAUGUGAAUGUGGUAACUCUGCUAACCUUGGCAGGAUUUGUUCCAACCUGCAACAAGAUUCAGGGAGCCAAUGUCCAGGCCUUCAUUGUGCAAAUGCUCUGAAACCUCAAGGCCAUUGCUGUGGGAUAUGUGGUGCCAUUAUUUACUUAGAAUAUAACCACUUGUUUGACAUAGAGGCCUACAGAGAACAACUCAUCAACUCGUUCCUUGGUUUGUCGGACUAUAGAGACACUCAAAUGGCCAUUUCGAAGGUUUACAAAGAACGGUCUUCUGCAAAAGCAAUCUCAGACAAGGGGGUUCCACAGAUCCAGGUCGUGUUGAUCGACAGCGAAACCGAGUCAAAAUCAGGAACUCUUGCAGCUAAGUUGGCGCAGGAUAUCAUGGAAGACAUCAAAUCCCAAGGCAAUGUGUUUGGAAUCACAGAGGCUGAACACAUGAUAGCCACUGGCAUUGCUGGAGAUAGAGGGAGUAGCGGACAAAUAGCCGGGAUUGUGGUCGGUAUCUUCAUCGCUGCCCUGUUGUUUGGAGGCUUCUUAUACCUCAUCCUUUCAGGAAAAAUUAGGGUCAGGUUCCCAUUAGGCCUCAGAAGUGACGAAGAUUGUACCCACCUCGAAACCAGCGGUCCUAACGAUGAGGAAAUAGAUCAAGGAUUUGAUAAUCCCACAUUUAACACACUACCAGACAUGCCAGCUGAAUGUAAUGCAAUAUGUUCGGAAGAAAUUAGAGUGAGGAAAAUUGCGAUAUCUCCAUCACAAAUGGAUUAUCCCAAUCCACUCUUUGAAACUGCCUGCAGUGAGAAAGAUUGUUAAGCUUCGUGUUCCAUAAAUAUUUGCAAUGAUAACUGUUUGCAAAUGUUUUUAAUUUGGGGACGACCAGUCUGUGUGCUUGCAGACAAGAUGUGAGGAAGAUAUAAAUGCUAAUUACAAUUUCACAGACACGGAAUUUUGCUCCCGUUUCAUUCAAGCCUUUCUCAUUGGAAAUUUCAUGAUGAGGUCCUAAAUUAUGAAGUGAGAUGUAUAAAGAUGUGGGGACAUUCAUUUCUGAUCUGCAUGAAUGCACAGUAUUUUUAACAGUUUGAUUUGCUCUGGAUUUCAGAGAAUCUAGUUUCUUUCGAUCUUUGCUCGGAGAUGCUGUGGAUUUAAUAGAAUAAACAAUAUUAAUAUUAAUAGUUAUAAGAUUCAAAAUCCUAAACAGUGAUUAAGGACCAGUGAAUUUUCUUGCUUUAUGAGCUCACAAGAUGCAUUCUCUUUUUUAACUGAUUUGAAAUCUCCCUCUUUGAAUUGUCAAAUUUUGUUUCUGGGCUGAAUGAAGAGAGAAAAAAAAGAAUUGGAGAGACAAAAUAAAGGCAGAAUGAAGACGGCAAUAAAAGGAAUUGUAGAGCAAAAGAAAAAUGAGGGGGUGGGGGGGGGGAGAAGUUGAGUAAGAUGCUAUUUUCCUAGAAUCAGAAUGAACAUCAUUGUCAAAUGGAUAGAUUAAUGCUUCAUUUAUCCUGUAUCCUGAAAGGUGAGCUGCCUCAGUUUGAACCUGGAUUAUCAGGGCCGAGAGCCAUCUCCCAGGGUUUCUCCUUGGUGUUGACCAGACUAAAUUACCAGUUUAGUGCAUGCGCAUUGUCCACAGGUAAUUCAGACCAGAUAUUUAUUUCUGCCGUAGAUCUCUUGUGUCGAAACCCAGGAAAACUUCGACACCAAGAGCCAGGACCUGCGAACAGGGGCAAACAACUUUGUCUCAUGUUCGCUUGACCAUUCUAUGCAAUUCUGCAUGUAAUUUUAUUGCUGACAGUAUCCAAGCUUUUAAGAAGAAUGAGAUGGAUUCACAGGCAUUAGUUACAGACAGAUUUCAGCAGUUAAUAUUGACCAAAGAAAAGCGAUGCAGAUGGAAGUGAGCAGGCAGUAUAUACGGCUUCUUUCAAAUGUCGAUACUUCUUAUGUGUACCUUAAAUAUACAUUUGUUAUCAUUUAAAAGAAAAGGCUUUGGACAAAUUGUAAAAAUAAAAUCCCGUCGUCUUAACUUUGAAGUUUCUUUAAAGUUUCCGAACACGUUUCUCUCCAGACACUGACAGCACUAUCUGACUUUGGGACGUGCAUUUGGAAGAAUAAGGGAGAAUGCAAUUGUGAUUUCACAUUCGCUGCUUCAACUUGAAAUGUAUUAUGUUAAUAAAGUCCCAAGCAAGCAA